UUUAGUUGCUAAUCUUUUUUUUAGUUUAGUUAUAUAAUAUAAACAUGGAUAAUAAACCAAAACUACCACCUGGUCCAAGACCAAGGAUAAAGCCUCGUGUGCUGCCACCUCCUGGAGAUUUCAUAGCUUUGGGAAAGUCAACAGCAACAAAAGCCCGGUCAAAUGAAGCAGAUUCUAAGCCAUCACAGAUGCCUAUCAGAAAAUCUGGAAUGGUGUCUUCAAUUACUUCGGCUCAGAAACGCAAAGAUAUCAAUCCCAUAAAUCCAGUUGUGGCGAAACAGGCAAGAACGUUUUCUCCAUCUUUCUUGCACAACAAAGACAUGGUUAAAACUCUUGAGAUGGAACCCAUGAUUUCAGUAAAACUUGUAGAUGCUCAACCUGGAGAUUUAGAAGAUCAAGUAUUAUUGGCACAUGCGAAAGGCGAUCAAGACCAAAUAGAUGGUUUGUUAUGCAGUGCAAUAAAAAACUUAAAGAUUAACCGUCUUAAGCCUGACCCGAUGUUGUAUCUUUCAUUAAUGAAUCUCUCCAAGUCCAACCCAAGCAUAUUUUCAUCGAAACGGAUUGUUGAGCACUUGCUUCAGUUUUUGCGGAGAGAGGUGACAGGUAUUGCUGUUAAACCUAAGCCAAACACACUGUUAUGCAUCAUGACGUGCAACAUUUUGCUUCAUGUUUUUCAAAAUGAAGAAACCUGGCCACAAUCAUUUAUGAAGGUGUAUGUCGAAGAUGCAUUAGGAGAUAGAUCAUGGGUUGAUAACGACUAUAAUAAAGAUUUCGUUGCCAACAUAACAAAAGUUUUUGGAACUGUUUUACCCGUAAGACAAACAAAUUUGCCGGCUACCAAAACAUUAGAUGCAUCAACUGGUUUGUUAAAUGUAUCAUUAGGGAAGAGUAGCGAAGAAAAAAUCUUAGAUGAAGCUGGGAUUUCGCUAGAAGCUAGUGAGCCUCCUGGCAUACAUAAUAGGUACACAUUAAACAAAGAUGAAUCAGCUAUCCAUACAUACAUUAAUGAAGUAGUCAAAGAACAGCUAAACAAAAGGCAAAUGAUUGAUAGUGUGUCCAGGAAUAUUCUCCGAUUUCUUACAGCUGUGUGUGGUUAUGUUGAAGUGCGUCUGUUGGCUUCUCAACGAUUGGAAACCUGGCUCCAAAACCCAAAGUUGACUCGUCCUGCUCAAGAGCUUCUAAUGUCAGUGUCUAUGAAUUGUACAACACAUUCUGUAGAAGAUGUAGAAGUGAUUGCAAAUAUAGUAAAAAUGAGGCUAAAGGCCAAGCCAGUUGCAAAUCAAUAUAUCCAGUGCAUCAAGGAAAUGAUAUCACAACAUCCAGAAAACCUUGGAACAACACUUAAACAUGUCGUUUAUAAUGAAUUAAGCCAACAAAGAAAUCCAAACAAUAUGGCUACACUGUCUGUUAUAUUUUCAAAUGAACCUGAAUCAGCGGCAAAGUAUCUUUCUUUGGUGUUCCAAGACUUGUUGUGCAACAGAGAGGAUUAUCUUCGAGCCAUCAGAGCACUAUUUCGAGAAAUAGUAAAAUACUUGAAAUAUGAAGUGAAUUUAGUGGAGUUUUGUCGUGGUAUGAUGCAAGAAAGAAAAGAAGCAGUAUUUUUAGGAUUGGAUCAACCAUCAAAGGACCGCAUGUUUGCAUCCGUCGUUGACCUGAUAUGUCUUGGCUGCUUUUUGUCCAUUUCACCAGUGGUAAAAGAGUUAGCUGUGUCUUUAUUAAAAGGGGACAAAAGAGAUUAUUCUGUGCUUCAAGCAUGUCAAACACAGCUGUCAAUCAUACAGAGAGACGCAAUAUGGUUCUUUCAUACAAAGGUUAUGCAGAUGUACAAUUGUUCAGAGAGAGAUUUUGUUUUGGGAUUAAACCGAGUGCUCUUUCUUGAUACAAAUGAUCAAUACAGUUUAAAGGACAACUGGCCACCUGAAGCAGAGAGAAGUCUUCUGCUAGACAUCUCACGGGAAGUCCCGCUGGCUGAGGAUGGUUUAUUGCGGCUACAUUUGCUGGGAUUAUCAGAAGAGAUACCAUUAAAUUGUGCAGAUGCUUUGGAUGUUAUUGAAAAGUUAGUAAUGAGAUCUGCAAUUUUAAAAACCGGGCUACAAGGGCUUGAGAUUGAAAGAAUUGAAGUGUUAAACAUGCUUCUUAGCUUAUCUGCCUAUUCGCAUCCAAAAGAUAUUAUGCUACCAGCUGGCUACUCUCCUCCUCCACUUGCCAUUAGUAACUUGUAUUGGAAAUCCUGGCUUAUAUUAUUAAUCCUCGCUGCUACAAACCCUGCUACUAUAGGUUUCAAGGUAUGGGAAACAUAUCCUACAGCUCGAUGCUUGAUGGAGAUGUUGAUCACAGGCUGUUACGAGUUUCCACCUCUCGGCAUUGGAGAAGUAACUGCACAAGAGAUUCAAGGAAACGAUUUACAGAUUCAACGAGCAGAAAAAGACGAUAUCAUUGUUUUUGAAGGACAUUUAGCAGCCGCAACUAGUCGAGCUGUUAUAACUGAAAGUACAAGUUUGCUGGUCAGCCAGCUAAUAAGUCUUGACCCAAGUGGUUCACCUAGACACCCACCAAAACAUAUAAUAGAUUGUUUGAAAGUUUUAAAUGAAAAAUAUGGCCUUGGGAAAAUGUUUUGUCGAAGCAGAGACCCAGACUUCCUGCUGUCUAUCAUUCAAAGUCAGGGAUCAUCAAGAAGUAUGCCAUGGUUAGCUGAUUUAGUUCAAUCAAGUGAAAGUUCAUUAAGCACAUUACCUGUUCAAUGUCUUUGCGAAUUUUUGCUGAUGAAACACAAUGCCCCUGAAAGUGAAACUUAUCAUUCAAAACAUAAAUCAACCAAACCUAAGGUGGCUGCAAGAUUACAAGACCUUUUACUCGGUCGAGAUGCUACUGCUCAAUCCUCUACAGAAUUGAUAUCUUAUUUUAUACAAAGAUGGCCGUCAUCUGAAAUGAGAGACAGAGAAGCGGCUGUUGAUGGGUUCCAGUCUAUUCUGCUGCUGCAAAAGAAAAGCAGGAUAAGCAUCAGUGGUGAGGAAGACAGUCAUGAUGAAAUGAAAAGCAUCAGGAGACCACCAAAAGUAACAAUUGUCAAAGACCACACCUUCUCCUGGUUACAUGAAAAGCUACCCAGCCUACCUUUUUUCAGUCAUGCAAAGUUAAUUGUUGUGACGUCUUUGCGGCAGGCCUUGCAUGUAGAAGUAAAUGUCCCUCGUUUACAAGCAUACAUUUUAUUCCUCACGAAACAUCAUUAUGAAUUUGGUGAGAGGUUUACACAAAUGCUGACCGAAGACAUAUCACAAUUACUAACAUCACGAAAAACUAUAUCAAAAAGACUUCUAACCAACUCUGAAACUUACCUUGCUUUGUUGAAGCUGUAUUGUUUUGCUGUGAAGAGUCAGCUUAAGCCAGUUACUGAAGAACACCAGUGGUGCAAUGAUCCAGACAAAACUGUUGUUACUUGGACUGGCAAUUCGAUCCAUGCUGGAAACACAGCUCUUCUUCAUUCAAGAAUAAUCCAUGCAUCCAUUAUCUUGUUGACUCACAAUUCAAAUUUUAAGGAACAAGAGGAUUUUAGCUUCUUGUUACAAACAUGGUUUCCUCAAAAUGGAAAGGUCGAAACACGACUAGCAGAUACUGGUGACAAUUGUGAUAUAUUGCAACAUUGGUUAAGGAUAUUUAUGGUUCAAUCCAAUAUUGAAACUCUGGUAACUGCCGGGUUUAGAGGAUUGCCGAUUGAAGAAUUGAUAUCGUUGUUGCAAGUAUUUGGGCUACCUUUACCCAGUUUGGACUUACUACUGAAACUUCUUGAUUUGUCAGCUGUUGAGUCUCCUGAUCAAACCCUUGAUGCUGUAAAUGAUAAAGACUAUAUUAUUCAACUCAUUCAACUUGCCCAAUCCAGAGGAGCGCGUAAUGGCAAGCAGCUUUGUAAAAUUCUUCAAGAGGAUGACAAAAUGGUUGUCAAGUCUCUAUGCGUUGAAAAAAUUGCAAAUGAUUUAUCUGUUAUUAAAGUGGACGAUGAACCAAUGGAAACAGUCCAACCAAAAAGCGCUGACAUACUUACUGAAGAAUUCAUCCAAAAAACUUUGCUUGAUAUGUUCACGUCAGAUAAAAACAAAACACCGUCAAAGAAAUUCUUGUGGUUGAAACAAAGGUUAGCACUGGCUUGCAUUUCAAUACAAUCUGAUGAUUCAAACGUUACACAGUUGGUUGUGUCUGUACUGAUAGAUUUGUGUGACAAGGAGAGCUUUUGCAGUAAUUUCUGCACGCAUAGAGCAGCUGGUGCUAUACUCAAUUGUGUCAUGAGAAAUCAAAACACAAAGGCAGAGAGCAAAAUGAUGUUAUUUAAAAAAUUAGCAAAAUGUGCGACAAAGUCAUCUGAAGUAGACAAGCUUGUAAACUCUGCAUGCAGAAAGUACAAUUUAUUGAAUGAAGCAGAGAAUACUUCCUCCAAAUCAACAAAGUUGGAUGUUGUUUUAAAAGAUUUUUUGGCGUGUAAAACACAAGUUGAAGCAGUUAAGACAGGAAAGAGAAUGUUAUGCAAGAUGCAGGAAGAGGGAAUUGAAAACUUGCCAAAAGAAAAAUUAGUAAAGGCAUGCAAAACUAUGUUAUCUAAAUGCAGAUUUCUUUGUGAACGAUUUAUUCAUACAUUCUGCUCUGGUUUUCAAAGUCAAAGAAGCAUCAAACGAUGCUUGGAAGUAUUGAUUGAAGUAUUUUCAACCUGCGAUGAAAAAGAUUUGGGGAUAUUAAUUGAUUGGAUAUCGAUUCUUGACCCUGAAAUUCUUCAUUUAAAUCCAAUCCUUCAACGAGAAUUUCUAUUCAAACAAAGAGAUGCAUGCUCACUGGACACGUCCUACCUUGCUUCUAUGCUUGUACAUGAGAGUAGAGAUUUCACUUUGCAAGAUUGUUUGACGUGGCUGCUGACGUCUCAAAAAGAUGUUGACAGCUUAAACACAACAACCUGCUUAGACGUUUUAAGUGCAAUGUUCAACAAUCCUCGUUUAUGGCAAGGUCGGGAAAACAAACAAACUGACGAAAGCAGUAAUCUUCAAGAUAAAUCUCUAAACAACCAUCAAAUGCGAAUUGAUCUUAAUGUCAAUCAGUUGUACAGACUUAUUGAACUGAUGCUGCAUGAACUUAGACAAACUAUGAAUGAUGGAGCAUCCAAUGAAAGCGCCACCCUCGAUAGUUUGAUGGAAAAGCGUCUGGCGUUGUUAUUGAAUCUAUCCGCGAAGGAGACACAGCGACUAAGAAAAGCAGUUAAUCUGAUGAAACAACGAAAGAAGUUCCCAGAACACGUUGAAACCUGUUUUAUGAAAUAUUUAUACAUGCGUAAACCAACUCUACUUCGCAAUAUGGCGGCUGAGCUUGGCUUGAAUGAGAGUAAUAUGCUACCAAACGAGAAUAAAACUGAGAUGGAUGAGCUUAUUCAUCGGUUAAUUUUAAAAAUAGCCGAACCUGCUGGUACUCCUGAGUGGGAGAUGAAAUUUAAAAAUGUUAGCACAAUAAAUAAAAGACUGGCAGUUACACAUCCUUUUGCGUUUAUCAGACAACUACCAUUUAUGUUAUCCAUGCUGAAAGGGAAAAGUCGGUUAUCACAUGGCGCAUUUAAACUAACCAAUCAGCUAAUGUUGUGUAGUCACGUGUUUGGAUUGUUUGAUCUUCUGCGACCACAUGUGUUUCAACAAGACAUGGCUUCUAAAAAUAUGAUGUCUUUGUUUGUGGAAGUCUUUUUGGAUCUAAUACAGUCCUCCUGUCUGGCGCCUGACGAGUGCACAGUAUUUGUGAGUAAACUGGUUGAGUUUUUGAAUCAUUACAUCGCAUCUGGUAAUAAUGACGUCGGUAAUGUUUUGUCCAAGCACGAAAUGUUUUUCCGGGAUUUAUUGUACGAUUUCCCAAACUUUCAAGGACUGACGUCAAUAUGCAGUUUAAUCUCCACACUUCACUCUUCUCCGGAGGUGAAACCCACUUUAGUUGCCUUAACUGCAGCUCCGUGGAACGAGAUUCAACUCACUUCUUUUAAACGAAGACUGUCGAUGGACCACCAUGAUAAAGACUUACUAAGCGUGCUUCGUGAUUUGGAUGAGACUUCGAAACGAAAGACAGACAUACUGCAACAUUUCAUGGAAGAGUUGUGUCUGUUGACGUCAUCCUCGCAUCAAGAGAUAAGAAAUAAGUCACAUAUGCUUUUAAUACGUCAUUGCAAACAACAACCGAAAAAAUCUGCACGACUGAUCGAGUUAUAUUUGGAGCGUUUAAAUUCCAACAACACUGACGUCAUGAUGUCAGCUGCUGCGCAUGUGUCUCAAGCACUUCUACUUUGUGAUGCAUGGAAGUAUCAAACACUUGUUCCAUGAUGUCUCCUAGUAUCUUUUGAAGCCUACUAGUCAAGGAGAAGGAUGUAGUUUUCAAUCUGUCUGGUCAGGAAAAGCCAGGGAAUAUUUACUUGGAUAAUUGUUGUGAACCUGGUUUUUAUACUCAUUUCUGUACAAGUUGAUAAAUGCUCUAAACAAAGAAAGAAAUUGAAUGUUUGCUAGCAAUAAGUCCUGUGAAUCCUUAAUAGUGCUCACUCUUCUUGAUUUACAUUCUAAUUAUAGAUGUGUGUUCUUU